GGCAUAGCAGAUCCCUCCCUCGUUCCCGCGAUCAGAGCAGCUCCUGGAGCGGGGGAGAGAAAUGGGAGGAGGGAAGAAGGUCCCCCUCCUUGGAUAGCUUCUGGGCCUCUUUCUGAGAGGCACUGGGAGGUGUGUGUGUUUGUGUGCGCGUGUACGCGAGAGCGAGCGAAUGUGCAAUAGCAGGAGCCUCCUCCAUACCCCAACAGAGGGCCUGAGACAGCAGCAGCAGCAGCAGCCAUUGUUCAGGGAAAACCUGGCAAACAAAGGACGGGCUUCCUCCUUUCCACCGAAGCCUUCCUGUUUCCUCCGGCUGCCAUUCGCACAGCUAGGCCUCUCGGCGGCCCCCUCGCUCCGCUCCUGCCUCGUCCGGUUGCAACUCGGCUUUUCUCUGUUAUUAUUUUCAUUUUGAACUUUUCUCUCCCCCCCCUCCCCAUGGCUGGAUUGGAGUAAGGCGCCCGCGGAACAGAGAUGUUCUGAGUUUCCGUCCUGCGUUCUCCCACCUUUUCCCUGCCCCACCACAUCUGCACCGCUCCGGCAGUUCUCCUCAGGCUGUUCCUCUAAGUCAUUCAAGCUGUACUCUCCAAAGGAGCCCCCAAACGGCAACGCCUUCACCCCCUUUCACUCAGGCACUAUGCUGGAUCGAGAUGUGGGACCAACUCCUAUGUAUCCACCAACAUACCUGGAACCAGGGAUUGGGAGACACACACCAUAUGGAAACCAGACUGACUACAGAAUAUUUGAACUCAAUAAGCGGCUUCAAAACUGGACAGAGGAAUGUGACAAUCUCUGGUGGGAUGCCUUCACCACUGAGUUUUUUGAGGAUGAUGCCAUGUUAACAAUCACCUUCUGUCUGGAAGAUGGACCAAAGAGAUACACAAUCGGCCGUACCCUAAUUCCUCGCUACUUCCGCAGUAUCUUUGAGGGGGGUGCUACUGAGCUGUAUUAUGUUCUGAAGCACCCAAAGGAAUCCUUCCAUAACAACUUUGUUUCACUUGAUUGUGAUCAAUGUACUAUGGUCACUCAGCAUGGCAAGCCCAUGUUCACCCAGGUAUCUGUGGAGGGCCGCCUCUACUUGGAAUUCAUGUUUGAUGACAUGAUGAGGAUAAAGACAUGGCACUUCAGUGUCCGGCAGCAUCGGGAACUUAUUCCCCGUAGCAUCCUUGCUAUGCAUGUAAGUUCAGAGGCUCAAGAUCCCCAAAUGUUGGACCAGUUGUCCAAAAAUAUUACUCGAUGUGGACUUUCAAACUCCACACUCAACUACCUCCGACUGUGCGUAAUCCUAGAACCAAUGCAGGAGUUGAUGUCUCGACACAAGACCUACAGUCUCAGUCCUCGGGAUUGCCUCAAGACGUGCUUAUUCCAGAAGUGGCAACGUAUGGUGGCGCCACCUGCUGAACCUGCACGUCAGCAGCCUAGUAAGCGCCGGAAAAGGAAGAUGUCUGGAGGUAGCACCAUGAGUUCUGGCGGAGGCAAUACCAACAAUAGCAACAGCAAAAAGAAGAGCCCAGCCAGCACCUUUGCCCUCUCCAGUCAGGUACCUGAUGUGAUGGUGGUGGGCGAGCCAACCCUGAUGGGUGGGGAGUUUGGCGACGAAGAUGAGCGCCUUAUCACUCGACUGGAGAACACACAGUUUGACGCUGCCAAUGGCAUUGAUGAUGAGGACAGCUUCAACAACUCUCCCGCAUUGGGUGCCAACAGUCCCUGGAACAGCAAGCCCCCUUCCAGUCAGGAGAGCAAGUCUGAGAAUCCAACGUCGCAAGCAUCACAAUAAAGCCCCCGAAACAGUGCCCAGCCGGGCCUAUAUUUGACUUGGCUGGUGUCCCAUGGACUGAGUCGAAACCAUUCUACCUGGACAAUUGUGAAGAAGAGUGGCUGGCCAACAAGGUAUCAAGGCCUAUGAGCACUGCAGCGCCUGCCUGCCUACAGUUAACCUGGCCACGAUUCCCUGCUGUCUGCACUCUUGGCUGUCCCCUUUAGGGCAGAAUUGGAACAGUGGGCUUUUAGUCCCAACAGAAUUUUAAUUCCUUCUCCUUCCCUGUCCAUGCAUCCAGUGCCCUGGAUACCACAAGCAACACUGUUAGGGAGUGGUAUUCAUAGCAGUCCCUUAGAGCCUCAAAGCUUUGGUGGAUCAGCAUGAAGUACCUUGGGAGGCCACAGGACUGAGUACUUAAGAUGGGCAGGAAAAAUCUGGUCUAAGGUCCCUUUUAUCAUUCAGUUUUCUAUAAGGGACACCAAGAAGGUUCCAUUUUAGCAGGAGAGUCUUAAGAGUCUUGUGGACGAUGUCAUGACUCACAUAAUGACUCACACUGGGGCAGCUAUGAUUUUUGUGGGUUGAAUUUUAAGCAGUUCAUCUUGACUGACUUAGAGAUGGCAGAGCAGUAAUUCUCUUUUGCCUGAAGAUCCCAGAAAGCCAGUAUGGCAGGAGAUUAUGUGGAGUUUUAAAUUUUCUGGAAUGCAUUAGAAAAAUAUUCUGCAGUUACCUGGAAGGGCACUUGCCCUUUUUGUCACAUCUUUAGGCAUGGGCUGUUUUGCCCCAACCUGCUCUUAAAGGAAUUUGCAGUCCUCAUACAUACCCUGCCCUCAGUAUUUUGGGCUUUUUUAAAGAAAUAAAAUAAAAUUGUAAGUUUAAAAAAAAUCUGCCCACCCUCCCUAUUUCCCCCAAUCCUGAUUUUUGUACAGGCUUGUCUACUAAUUGGGAGUCUUAGUUUUUGUAUACAGUUCUGAGAGCUUCAAACCAAGGAGAGACUUUGCAAACUUCCUUUAUACACUCCUUUGAGGACAGCAUGGCUGCCCCCACUCCCCCCCUUGUGUAAUUUGUGUGUGCUGCUGUUCCUGCUCCACCCUCUUCUACCAUAUCCCUCCCCUUUUCAAAUUUGUGUACCUCGUGCUUGUAUAUUUCUGCGCUGUAUGCUGUGUGUAUGAUGCUGUUCUUUCACUGUGUUCUCACUAAGGCUGCCACUCCCAUUACCAUUGGAAGUGGGGGAGGAGUUGAUUGUGAUGGGUGUCCUUCUUGGGAGGCAGGAGAGUUCAGAAGGUACUGUCACCAAUUUACAGCAGUGCAGAACCACAGGAAUGGGGCUGUGGCAUCUGGGGAAGCAAUAUAUCCACGUUUUGCAAAGAGAAUAUAAUUGUUUCUUCUCUUUAUGGAACGGUCUCUAGGAAACCAUUGCCCAGACAGACACAUCCAUUUUUAUUUGAAAUACUGGUACUAAAUCCCCAAGGAAACAAACCCACCUACUUUCCUUUCUACCUUCCAAUGCUCUUCCUUAAAGCCUAGGUUAAUCCUGUACGUCUUGGAGAGAAAAGAUGCUUUAUUAUGUCACAGAGGCCUCAAAGUUGCGAGUGAGGCAUGGUUUUCCACUUUUGAGAGGAGUGCAAAGUAUCUUUAAGAUAUUUUGGCCACCUCAUGGCCUAGACCACGGGUGUCAAACUUGAUCAUGUUAUGUGACGUGUCAGGAAGUAUUGCGAUGUUUUUUGCCUUUUGUGAAGCUCGGGUGGGCGCCAGUUUGACACCCCUGGCCUAGACUGAUUGUCAGGGUGAUUGCAAAGGCUGCGCUGUCAUGGCACAAUACUCUGUUAACUUACUUAGGGUAUUUCUUCAAGAGGAUUUCUAUCUGCAAAUAUUUUUUCCCCUUUGCAGCAUUAUUGUCAUCAGUUUGCCUAGAGCUGUUAGUUUUGACCAUGUGAGAAGAAUUUCCUUUCAAGUCAUGCUCUGGAAUCCUAGAUAUUCUCUACUCUGAUGGAGCCCAGUUGGAUGAACCUGAGAUAUAUUCAGGGCGGUUUGGUCACUUUUUUAUUACUGGGCCCAGGUCCUCCCCUGCGGGCAGGUAAUUAUAGCAGCCAGUAGUGUAAUUUACAAGGGAUUAGGGUUUUUUUUUUUUCUGUAUCAGUUUCCUACUUCAAAUAAGAGUGUCACGUUCUCUACUGCUGUGACUCAGCAUGUAGUGAUGACGUGUACUCUGUCAGCUCUCUCCACUUGUCCUUUUCCACUUCCCUGGGGCACUGUAAAGCUUUUUUUUUUUUUUUUGCAUAGUUUGUGCCAUUUAUGGUCAUGUAUGGUACCAAUAAAACAACUUUUCGGUUUGGUGCUCUCCUUCCAGUGUCAUUUCUAAUGUGGAUCUUGAGAAAGGAGAUAUGUUCUUACGUGCAGGUUCUAGCCAUCAGAAUUCUAUGAUUUAGAUUGAGGUAAACAGCUGAUAUGAUGGAAUUCAAGGGCUAACACUUGUUCUCUGCUGCCAGCAUCUCCCAGUUUUAAAUGUGGUCCUUGUUUCCCAGUUCCCUUUCCAUUUCUAAAUAACUGUGUGCUGAGCACAUCUAAAGAUAACAGAAAAGUUUCUGGAGCUGAAGAACAAGUGUUCUUGUGUAGAAAGGGGAAAGAAAUAUCACAGAGAAGCCUGAGCCAUGCCCUUCCUACAUUUGCAGGCAGCCAGGCAGUUUGCAAUCCAAAUACGGUUGCAUUGUCAACUGUUUGAUUAACAGAAAAUAGGGCAAACAAAUUUGAUAGAAAUCAUGAAUGUCUUGGAAAAUGAGCUGGUUUGGUAGUUAAAACAUUUUAUCUCCAACAAUGGAGUCCCUUUAUUACUAAUUCAAUCUACAAUCACCCGUGUCACAUUGGGUAAGGGGUGGGGAGAAAAGCUAGCCAUGUGCCUAGUAUUGGCAAUGCAUGAAAAGAGAUAGACUGAUACCUGAAAUAUUUCUGCCUCACUAGCCAAGGGAACUUUAGCAUUAUAUUAGCCUGCAUCUUCCCUUCCUCCAUUUUGUAAGAUGUUAAUACCUGUGUCUUUCAAAACUAUUGUAAUCUUAUGCCAUAUUUCAUUCUUGGAAUCAAACUUUGCAACAUUAAAGAGACACAAGGCUUUGGCUA